CAGGCAGCGGUGUCACCGGCAAAAAUUUUCGAAACCGAGAGGUGUGUGUCAGCCUAUCACUGCCAUUUCGCCCCCGAAGAAAUCGCGAGAGGGGAGCGUGCCGAGCUGAGCAGGCAGGCGGUAGUGGCCGAGCGAAAGCAUCCUCGAUCUCGUAGCAGCCGCCGCCGCUCGGGUAGGAAGGAAGGAGAGCAAUGGAGAGGGCGGUGCCGGUUCGGAAGCCGCACACCAACACGGCCGACCUUCUCUCCUGGUCGGCCACGGGCCCUGACGCAUCUGCCUCGCCGGCGGCGGCCUCGCGCCCCAGCCUCAAGCCGGCCGCGGGGAUUACGCCGGCGAUGUUCGGCGCGCCGGUCACCGAUCAGGAGGCCGAGGAUCUGAGCAAGAGUGAAAGAAAAUUUUGCUCUGGCUCGAAGUUGAAAGAGAUGAGUGGGAGUGGGAUUUUUGCUGAGAAGAGUGAAAUUGGUGAUUCAGAGGCUUCAAAUCCUGCUAACAAGACUUCCUUGAGGAUGUACCAGCAAACUGUGACUGGAAUAAGCCAGAUUUCAUUCAGCGCUGACGGAAGUGUUUCGCCGAAGAAGCCAUCGUCGAUACCUGAGGUGGCUAAGCAGCGAGAGCUUAGUGGUACCCUGGAAGAUGCUGAUGCUAAAAUUAAUAAGCAGCUUUCUGAAGCCAAGACCAAGGAGCUUAGUGGCAGUGACAUCUUUGGUCCGCCUCCUGAGAUUCCUGCCAGGCCAUUGGCUGCUCGUAACAUGGAGCUACAAGGAAAUGUCGAUUUUUCACUUCCACAGCGAAGCGUCCACACAUCAGUUAAAGUAUCUAAUCCUGCCGGAGGUCCAAGCAACAUCUCAUUCAGUGAAGAUCCUGUAGUGAAGACAGCAAAGAAAAUCCACAACCAGAAGUUCCAGGAGCUGACAGGUAACAACAUCUUCAAGGAGGAUGUCCCUACCUCGGCUGAGAAGUCUCUGAGCUCUGCGAAGCUGAAGGAGAUGAGCGGCAGUGACAUCUUUGCUGAUGGAACGCCAGCUCCCCGAGAAUACCUCGGCGGCAUCCGGAAGCCCCCUGGUGGUGAGAGCAGCAUUGCUCUGAUCUGAUUGCUGUCGAGGGCUCUAAUUCGGACUGGCUAUAGCUCCCCUCGUCACUGAAGCGCGCCGAGAGUGCAUCUGUUGACCUCUUGGCUCUUGAAUUGUGCCGGGGAUCAUAAUUUAUGUUGGGUAUCGUUAGUCUAAUAUAAUGUAGAGUCAGGAGAAUCUGACUCGGUUGCUCGUGUCAUCUGAUACGCCGGUGUGUGAUCUCGUCUUUGAUUCAUGCUACAUUAUUUUGUUAUGUAUUAGUGCAUCCGAACUAGAACUUGUGCAAUAAUUAUUUUGGACUCAUUUCCGGGCUUAUGGUAUUAUAGGAUGUUUUGCU